GUUCGGUAAUCUUCGGAAACGUUCGGAACCAGUCGGGCAGGUUGAUUACGUCAUCACAUCUUCUGUAGCGCCGCCAUCUUGUCUGUGCGGGAGUCGAGUUGUCGGAAAAAUUAGUGUUUUUCUCGUACAAAAUUAGACAUUUCUAGCAGUCCGUCAGCAUGACGAGCUUGCAACAACGCUCGUCCGGGCUCGUGCAGAGGCGAACCGACGCUUCCAGGGGCGCCGAGGGAGGGAAAGAGAUCGAGAGAGAAGUGAUAGAGGCAGAGUUCGAAGAGGAAAGCGAUUCGUCGAAGGACACCCGGUUAACUCUCAUGGAAGAAGUCUUGCUACUGGGCCUCAAAGACAGAGAGGGUUACACAUCAUUUUGGAACGACUGUAUCUCAUCAGGCCUGCGCGGCUGCAUGAUCAUGGAGCUGGGUCUGAAGGGGCGCGUAGAGCUGGAGAAGAUCGGCAUGAGGAGAAAAAGCCUCCUGAACAGGAAACUGGUCUACAGAAGCGACUCCCCGACAGGUGACGUCAUGUUGGACGAGGCCGUCAAGCACGUAAAGGACACAGACCCGCCCGAGAACAUACAAAGUAAGGCCAGGGGUGGGGGGAGGGUGGACGUAAAGGACACAGACCCACCCGAGAACAUACAGACUUGGGUAGAACUACUUAGUGGAGAGACCUGGAACCCCCUGAAGCUACACUACCAGCUGCGGAACGUGCGGGAGAGGUUAGCCAAGAACCUGGUGGAGAAGGGCGUGCUGACCACGGAGAAGCAAAACUUCCUCCUGUUCGACAUGACCACCCACCCGCUGGUCAACUCAACGUCCAAGCAGAAGCUCAUCAAGAAGGUUCAGGACGCCGUGCUCAGCAAAUGGACUAACGACCCUCACAGGAUGGACAAACGCCUGCUGGGGCUCAUCUACAUGGCGCACGCGUCCGACGUCCUGGAGAACGCGUUCGCGCCGCUGUCGGACGACGAUUACGAGGUCGCCAUGAAGAGGGUACGCGAGCUGUUGGAUCUAGACCCCGAGCAGGAGUGUAUGAAGCCCAACGCCAACGAAGUCAUGUGGGGGACGGUCGCUGCUUUUAUCAAGUAGCCGUUGUCUACCAGAAAGGAGGAAUUCAAAAAGAGAGAGAGAAUUGUAUUUUACACCAAAUCAUGUUUUAAAAAUGCUGAUCAGUGUUUUCCCCUGUAUUUCCAUCUGUAUAAAGUCUAAUUAUAUAGGUCUACUCGCACAUGCAUUUCUCUUUUGCAAAUCGUUUCUAGUUGAAAACAGGAUUUUUUUCCCGUCAUCCGUCAUUCGAUUUACUGACGGAAUUUUGUUGGUAACGACAUAUAAAAGUUAUGACUGUUAGAUGUCAUUUUGACAGUGCAAAUCUUUCAAGGAGGUCAGCAUAAGUUGGCAAAGAUGACACUUAAGAAAAGGGUCUCGGAAAAAAGCCCUGUUUUGACAGAAAAGCGAUCAUAUAGCGCAGUUUUUGCAAGGGGAAUACACUGGUUGGUAUCAAACUCUUUAUUGUAAUGCUUGCGGGAGUUUGCAAUCCAUUGUUGUAUAGGAGAAGAGAUUGCUUGCUAUACUGUAGCACCUUGCCAGUAUAGAGUGAAAAUUCUGCAAUGUUUUCUCGGAGAUUCAGCAGCCAUUUUGUAUCCAAAAACCAGGAAUUAAGUAUAGUAAAUACAUCAGAUAUGGGCUUUUCUGGAGUUUAUUUGGGCCUGUCGGUGGAAAGUCUACAAGUUGUGCAAGGACACAUUUUUUUGCUCUUCCCUCACCGUUCAUUCUGAAAAAAAAAAGAAAUUGGCAAAAUGUUGCCACCUAGACGCAAAGUUUGGUCUCAUCUCAGAUGCAAUGUAAAAUAGCUGCAGCAUUUUCCUACAGGAAUUCUCCUAUACGGUUUCACAUGGGCCAGGACAUUAGCUUGAUAUAUUCAUAUUAGAUACGAUGUUUGUAUAUUAAUUUCUGUAUAGUACAAGUAUCAUAAAUUUUCUGAUUAUGCCAGUUGGUGAUUGUUUUUCCCCCCCAGAAUACUUCAGUCCAAAGUUUGUUUUGAGUUCUCCUAGCCGAAAAAAUGUGACGUCCAUUUUUUUGCCAACCGGACAACAACAGUAAUAUGGUAGGACUGUCUAAGGUGUGGGAUUUUUUAAAAAUAUUUGUCAUUAUUAUUGCAAAAAUGAAAUAUUAUGAAAUUUCUAGGAAAAUACACUUAAUAUGACCGUAUCUACUAUGACUUGGUUUUUCUCCAUAGUAUUUUGUUUUCUCUUUAAAGUUAAGUGGGUAGGGGUUAAACUUAAAUUAUUUGACGAAUGUGUAUUAGAGAAAUUAUGGUGAUUGUAUCGAUGACAAAAUGUGAAGAAAAAGAGCAUUGACUGUACAUGUACUUCAUCCCUUAGUACAUUUUCUGCUAUUUUUGAGUCAUCGUAGGCAAUUUUUCCCAUAUUUGUAUGUCCUGGUGACUUAAGUGAUAAGAAGCUUUCUAAUUUUGGGUUGGGUUUGAUUAAAUGUAAGUAUAAAGGCUUUGCAAAGCAACAAGCAUUAAUAGCAUGUAUUAAGAUCUGUUAACAAUGGUUAAGGGACUCAGAAAAAGUGAUAUAGGUAGAAAUUGUACAGAACCAAUUUUUCCCAAAGUAUAACUUCUGGGACAAAGAUAUGGAGUUUAAAACAUGGUAAUUUCUUAUUCUGAAAGAUUUCGUAAAAUGUUUGCAAGAUUUCUCUGCAAAAUUUUACCAAGCAGUCCCUCAAAGUCAUCACGGUAGGCGUCUUUAGCUUUGACAGUGUCAUAGGAAAGGAAUAUUGCUAGGAAAAAACUAAUACACUGGAUACUUUGUACUUGAAAAGUCAUUUCAAAAUUUCAAGAGUCCUACACUAGAACUUGUACAAGAUAUACCCAGUUCUUGUAUAGUAGAUAUUUGAUUGCCAUAUCUGAAAGAGAAUUUUUUUGGGGCACAUUGGUCUCUUGCUGUCAUCACAGAUGGUAUUCUGUAUAAGUUCAAGCUUGUUAAUGGCUUUUCAGAGUUAGAAGUAACCAGUGAGAAAAGAAAAACUAUUGUUUGUUUUUCCUAAUGGAAUUUACACAUGUAUGCCUCUCUCAACUUUUCUCUUCAAGCAUGAAAUUCAGCUGUGUUAGUAAACAAUAUUUUCAAGGAAUACUAAACUUUAUCUAACCAACACUUCAAAUAAUAGGGAUAUUUAGACGGGGGGCGACACAGGUUAUCCGGCACUUACAACCCGUUUCCAUAGUCACUAGGCUUCAACGUCACAUCAAAAAAUUAGGAUAAGUCCCAAUUCAUUUUAAGUUUUGGUUAGAUAAAGUUUCAGUGCUCUUUUAUAAUUCUUUUCCUCUGCCUGAUGAACUUCCAUAGUGUACAUACCAGAUUCAGUCUACUUGUAAUUAAGAAUAAUCUAUGAUGUAAAUUUUACUCCUUUACUUGUGUUAGAUGCCUGGCAUUGGGGAGUGAGCCACAGUUGUAGUAGGGGCAAAUUCUACACAUGAAAUUUCUGUUCGUCCUCCUCAUAUUUUUGAUUAUCACUCUUUGUCAUUUAUGAAUUUCAUUAUGUAUGACAGAUAUGAGGGUGGGGAUGUGAGUCAUAAUAGUAUAAAUUUAGAUUAGUAUACAUUCAACUUUCUGUGAAACUUGUUUGUAACUUUCUACAACAUGCAUUUCUUAUAUGAUCUUUAACAACAUUCUGUUUGUUGGGUCGCACCAUUAUCAUACAUUGUAUUGAACACUUUUGAUGCAAACUUGCAAGCAAAAAUACAGUAGUACAUGAACUUUGACAUCUUUAAUAUAUUUGUGUUUUAAGCUCUUAGUUUCAGGACCUUGUUCUUUACAAAAUGUAUACUGGUGUGACCAUAAUAUUUUGCUUAGAAAAUUCGCACGCUUCAAAAUGCUUGUGUAAAAAAGGGCUUGGUUCAGUUGUCCAAUAAUCAUUUUAAAAAGUACAUUUUCUGUUUAGUUUGAUUAAAACAUUCCUUUCGUAGUGAUUUUCUCCAGUACUAUACGAAAUGUAUAUGUUUAUAUAGAGAGAGUAUGUAUCAUUUUGUGGGGUGGGGGGUGAGGCAAGGAUGGAGUCCUUUGUAGUUUGAGAUUCAUUCUGCUCUUUUAAACUUGCCACUACUGGCAUACUGUAAAAGGAGCAUAUGUCAAAUACACAUUAUUGCAAAGA